UUCUUUGUUUAUUGAUCAUGUGACAAUUGGUCAGUGUGAACGACGAGUUCCACAGAAAGAUCAAUUCUAACGUGAGUUAAUAUCCGAGGUUGAUGAAACUGUUCAGUGGCUUCAGAUACUGAGGAGAAUCCACUCCACUGAGAACCAGCAGCAGAAGAAGAACCAAACACAACUGUAAUUAUACACUGACUUUGAUCUACAGUUUUCCUGCUGUAGUAACAAAGUAUUUAUUUGGUGCCGGAGAGAAAAACCAUGAACUGAAAUAAUGGAACAAGAGUUUUCCAGCUGAGCUGUAGUUCUAAAAAGUAUAAUCAGCUUCACAACAAAGGGGCCUGAAUUAGACACUGCAUGCUUUUAUAUAUAAUAAAUAAAUACGGUAGGAAACUGAUUUAAUCUUUACCAAUAUUCUGUUUUAUAAACUUAGAAAGAGAGACAGAAUAUUCUACUGGUACAUUAUCUUUUAGAUAUUAAGUGUUACUUGGUGGUGUUAAAUGACCACUUCUUAUUGGCUGUUAAAAACUGCUGAGACACAUAAUGUUCACAGAGUAUGUAUGUUAGUAUGUACCAUGUAUCUAAGUGUCUCACUAGUGUGUGUGAGAGCAUUUCAAUAGCAAACAUUCAUUAGUACGUGUAAGAGUGUCGCAAUAGUUGAGUUCUUAACGGACCCUCAUCAUUUCUUGCGUCCGAUCUGAGAGAAAAAUCCACAGUGUGAAAACGAUUGUCUUCAGAUGGUCUCUUCUCAGCAGGAGAGCACGAGCAGGGCGUGAGAUGAAGAUGGAGAGUGUGAGUUUGUCGUCAGCGCGUCGAGACGAGCUGCACAGCGUCGCCUGUUAUCCAACAGCCGCUUAUGUAAAAGCAGAGAAGAAGAACUGCAGAGAGGAGGACUAUAUUUAGGUUGCACUGGUACAGUCCAUUCAUUCAUAUUCCUAUAUUAUGUUAAUUAAAUCAGAACUGGUUCAUUCUGCGCCGGCAUAAAUGAAAUAAGAUGCUAACCUGUGGAACACACAGAAUACGCCGAUAUCUUUACAAUGUUACUCCCAGCAAAAUAAAAAGGGUUUAGCCAAAUAACAUACAUGAUCUUUUCUCCAAAUCAUGGGGCUUAACAGCAUUUUUUUUACUGGGACAUUUGAGAAUUUAUGAUUUUUCUUUUCUAAAUGCAAACAUUUAGAUGGCCGGAAAUCCCAUUCAUCCAUAUGCACCGCUAUGCGCCUUUAAAAGCCGGUAUCGGUCGGAGCCGGCGGUGUGAUGCUGGAGUGACACAGUGUGUGUGGGAGGGGCCACGGGUCAGAGUCCCUCUCUCUCCUUCCAGAUCCAUCUCUCCGUCCUCCUCUCCUCUCCGCAGCAUCCUUCCUCCCGCUCAGCCAAUCCCCUGCCGGGGAGCGCGAUCACGUGACCAACGGCCACCCAAUAGCUCUCCACCAGGCACCGGCAAAAAAAGAGGGGCGGUGUCCCUCCUCCUCCUCCUCCUCCUCCUCCUCCUCCUCUUCCCGGUGAAUCAGACGCCGAGUCGCUCGGAUGUGAAGGAUCCGUCUAACGAGCCGCGACACGUUUCUUUUCCUCCUCCCGGAGAUCAGGGGCUGCUGCUCGGCCUUCAACGUCCUCUCCCUCCCCCUCCCGGUGGAACACAAAGGGGGGAUGAAUGGGGAGGCGAUGGAGGGGAUCCCAGCGCAGGAGCAGGAGCAGGAGCAGCAGCAGCAUGCCGGCAACGGCACACACCUCCCUCCCCCUCCCACCAUCACGCCGGCCAUCCCCCCCUACGUGAAGCUGGGCCUGACCAUCGCCUACACCAUCUUCUACUCGCUGCUCUUCGCCUUCGUCUACGCCCAGCUGUGGCUGGUGCUGCGGUACCGCCACAAGCGCUUCAGCUACCAGACGGCCUUCCUGUUCCUGUGUCUGCUGUGGGCCGCCCUGCGCGCCCUCCUCUUCUCCUUCUACUUCAGGGACUGCGUGACCGCCAACGCACUCGGGCCCUUCGCCUUCUGGCUGCUCUACUGCUUCCCCGUCUGCCUGCAGUUCUUCACGCUGAGCCUCAUGAACCUCUACUGCGCACAGGUUUACUUUAAGGCCAAGUCCAAGUACACACCUGCACUCCUCAAGUACAGACUUCCUCUGUACCUGGUGUUCUUGGGCGUCAGCCUCCUCUUCCUGGUGGUGAACCUGGUCUGUGCCCUUCUGGUCAAAAUGACCGCCGCCGACGUGAAGACCAUCGUCCUUGUGAGGGUCACCAUCAACGACAGCCUGUUCGUCCUCUGCGCCGUCUCGCUGUCCGUCUGCCUCUACAAGGUCGCCAAGAUGUCGUUGGCCAACAUCUACCUGGAGUCAAAGGGCACGUCGGUGUGUCAGGUGACCCUGAUUGGCAUCAUGGUGGUGCUGCUGUAUGCCUCGCGGGCCUGUUACAACCUGGUGGUGCUCGCCCUCGCCAACAUCGAAGCCAUCAACUCCUUCGACUACGACUGGUACAACGUCUCGGACCAGGCGGACCUUCGGUCGUCGCUGGGAGACGCCGGUUACAUCGUCUUCGGGGUGAUCCUGUUCGUCUGGGAGCUGCUGCCGACAUCGCUGGUCGUCUUCUUCUUCAGGGUCCGCCGGCCGCCUCAGGAACGGAGCACCGCUGGGAUACCGAACCACGUGCUCUCCUCCAGAGGAUACUUCUUCGACAACCCCCGACGGUACGACAGUGACGACGACCUGGCCUGGAGCAUCCCUCCCCAGAAUGCAUCAGCCAGCCUCAACUCCGACUGCUACGACUGGGGCAGCCGCCACAGCAGCUUCACGGUGCACACCAACGGCGACGAGCAGCGCCUGACCGCCGGCGAGCUCCACCCUUACCCAUAAUGCCCCCUCUUCACCGCACAGCGCCACUCUGCACUUUGACACCCGUCGGGUUUCGUCGUAGGCUUUAGAAGAAUGCCAGAAUGUUCAGCGGGGUUCCUCCACGCAGUCGGGAUCACGAGUGUCUCCAACCAAACGCUACGAUGUGUAAUCCUUAAAAACCACAAAGGUGUAUUUAUCAGGAUACGUCCAACCCAUCAGGUGUUUUUGAUCUCCAUGUUUGAUCACAAGUGAUCCGUAGCUUUGUGCAGAGAGAAUCCGGGUUUAAUAGACCAACGGUAUGUAGACCAUGUCGGGGUGAAUGAUCAGAGAAUGUUUCUUAAUUAUUUGAGUGUUUCCGAGGACGAUUAUUCAGGAGGUCGAAUUAGUCUGCUAUAUUUCUACUUUUUGGUGGAAAUCAUUUCGGAAUUAAAUACGAGAAAUUCAAUUCUACAAGUUUUAUUUUCUGGCCCUAAAUGACCCUUGAGCCAUUUUUUGAUGUUCUUGACGGUAAAGUGGAAUGAAAUACAUCGUAACACAGACAUAUCAACAUAAUCAAUACUCUGUAGAUAUCAAUUACUAGAUGGCUCAACACCUCUGUGUUGUUUUAAUGUUCACCUCAAUAGAUCUGAGUAUUAACCUUCAUUCAAGAGGUUGGUUUUAUUUGACUAUUAUUUUUUUGAACAUUCAUUAACUGUAAAAUUAUUAUCGUUAUUAUUAUUAUUCUUUGAGUUUUGAUGAAUUUUUGAAUUCUAGGAGUUGUGUAAAUUGAAAUUAAACACAUUUUCUCUGGAAAGUAACAAAACCAUCAAAACCGUGUAAUCUCUUAAAGAAGAAAUGUGGAAAAUGGUUUCAAAACACUUUUUGUUGAUAUGAGUUUUGUUUUGCAGUGUUCACAUUUCUGUCACAAUGUCCAGAAGAAGAAAAGAAAAGUCUAUAUUUCUAAGACGUAGGUUUUGUAAGUUAUUUGUACAGAGUCUCGCUGUGUUUUGUUGUUGAGCUUUUUUGUGUUGGUGGUUUGUGUGUUUGUGAUGUGAAGACACAAAAAAUUCUAAUUAAAUUUAUCAUUAUAACAGA